AUGGAGAGACUACAGAGAUUAAUGAUGAACAGCAAGGUGGGGUCGGCAGACACCGGCCGUGAUGAUACAAAGGAGACCGUUUAUAUCUCUUCGAUUGCACUUUUAAAGAUGCUGAAACAUGGUAGAGCUGGUGUUCCCAUGGAAGUUAUGGGGUUGAUGUUGGGUGAGUUUGUUGACGAUUAUACUGUUAACGUUGUGGAUGUGUUUGCCAUGCCUCAAUCGGGUACUGGUGUUUCCGUUGAAGCUGUGGACGAUGUUUUCCAAGCUAAGAUGAUGGAUAUGCUUAAGCAAACGGGUAGAGACCAAAUGGUCGUCGGGUGGUACCAUUCACAUCCUGGGUUCGGUUGUUGGCUAUCAUCCGUAGAUGUUAACACCCAAAAAUCCUUCGAGCAAUUGAACAGCAGAGCCGUAGCUGUCGUUGUUGAUCCUAUUCAAUCCGUUAAAGGGAAGGUUGUCAUUGAUGCCUUUAGGUUGAUUGACACCGGUGCAUUGAUAAAUAAUUUGGAACCUAGACAAACAACGUCCAACACAGGUCUAUUGAACAAGGCUAAUAUUCAAGCUUUGAUUCACGGUCUGAAUAGACAUUAUUAUUCAUUAAAUAUUGAUUAUCACAAGACCCCACAAGAGACCAAGAUGUUGAUGAAUUUGCAUAAAGAGCAAUGGCAAUCCGGUUUAAAGAUGUACGAUUACGAAGAAAAGGAAGAGUCUAAUUUGGCUGCGACAAAGAGCAUGGUUAAGAUAGCCGAACAAUACUCAAAGAGAAUAGAAGAAGAAAAGGAAUUGAGUGAGGAGGAACUUAAGACAAGGUAUGUUGGUAGACAAGAUCCAAAGAAACAUCUUUCUGAAACGGCUGAUGAAACUCUGGAAAAUAACAUUGUUUCGGUGCUGACGGCGGGCGUGAAUUCGGUGGCAAUCAAAUAG